GUCAACAUGGAGGAGGGCUACAGAGACCGGACGGCCUUCAUAAAAGGCGCCAAGGACAUUGCCAAGGAGGUGAAGCGGCAGGCCGGCAAGAAGGUGGGCCGGAACGUGGACAAGAUGGCCGACGAGUACACAAAGCGCUCGUACACGCGCUUCGAGGAGGAGGACGACGAUGACGAGUACCCCGUGCAGCAGCAGGACGGCUCCUACUACCGCAGCAACAGCCGCGCCAACGAUGAGGAGGGCCACAGCGACUCCACUGAGGGCCAUGACGAGGACGACGAGAUCUACGAGGGCGAGUACCAGGGCAUCCCGCGCGCCGACUCCACGGGCAAAUCCGCCGACGGCCAGGCCAUGGGGCAGCAGCAGGCCCAGGCCCAGUUCCGGGACUUGACGGCGUACGAGGCGGAGCGACGCAAGGACCAGGAGGAGCUGGCGCAGCAGUACGAGACCAUCCUGCAGGAGUGCGGCCACGGGCGCUUCCAGUGGACGCUCUACUUCGUGCUGGGCCUGGCGCUCAUGGCCGACGGCGUGGAGAUCUUCGUGGUGGGCUUCGUGCUGCCCAGCGCCGAGAAGGACAUGUGCCUGUCCGAACCCAACAAAGGAAUGCUGGGCCUGAUUGUGUAUCUGGGCAUGAUGGUGGGUGCCUUUGUGUGGGGAGGACUGGCGGACCGGAUUGGCCGCCGACAGACCCUCCUCAUCUCUCUCUCCCUCAACAGUGUCUUUGCCUUCUUCUCCUCCUUCGUGCAAGGCUACAGCUCCUUCCUCUUCUGCCGCCUCCUCUCCGGUGUCGGUAUUGGAGGCUCCAUUCCCAUCGUCUUCUCCUACUACUCUGAGUUCCUGGCUCAGGAGAAGCGUGGCGAGCACCUGAGCUGGCUCUGCAUGUUUUGGAUGAUUGGAGGCAUCUAUGCCGCCGCCAUGGCCUGGGCCAUCAUCCCUCACUACGGCUGGAGUUUCCAGAUGGGCUCAGCAUACCAGUUCCACAGCUGGCGUGUGUUUGUGCUGGUGUGUGCCUUCCCUGCCGUGGCUGCCAUAGCUGCGCUCAACACCAUGCCCGAGAGUCCCCGCUUCUACCUGGAGAAUGGCAAGCAUGACGAGGCCUGGAUGAUCCUGAAGCAGGUCCAUGACACCAACAUGAGGGCUAAGGGCUACCCUGAGAGGGUCUUCUCUGUGACCACCAUCAAGACUGUGAAGCAGAUGGACGAGCUGGUGGACAUGGGAGACUCUGUUGCCUGGCACCAGAGGUGGAGGAUGAAGCUGACCCAGCUGUUCCAUCAGGUGUGGAGCAAUUUCCUGACCGUCUUCAAUCCCGAAUUCCGUCGCACCACCUACAUGAUGAUGGCCGUGUGGUUCUCCAUGUCCUUCAGCUACUACGGUUUGACCGUGUGGUUCCCUGACAUGAUCAAGUACCUCCAGAAGCAGGAGUACGCCUCACGCACCAAAACCUUCAUGAAGGAGAAGGUAGAGCACGUCACCUUCAACUUCACUCUGGAGAACCAGGUCCACAAAAACGGAGAGUUCUUCAACAACAAGUUUGUAAACCUGAAGAUGAAGUCGAUGGUGUUUGAGGACUCCCUGUUUGAGGAAUGCUACUUUGAGGACAUCACCUCCAGCAACACCUUCUUCAGGAACUGCACCUUCAUCUCCACACUCUUCUACAAUACAGAUCUGUUCAAGUACCGUUUGGUGAACAGCAAGCUGGUCAACAGCACUUUCCUGCACAAUAAAGAGGGCUGCUUGCUGGACUUCAGCGACGAGAACAACGCCUACAUGAUCUACUUCGUCAGCUUCCUGGGAACCCUGGCCGUGCUACCCGGCAACAUCGUCUCGGCCCUGCUCAUGGAUAAGAUCGGACGCCUGAGGAUGCUGGCGGGCUCCAGCGUGAUCUCCUGUGUCAGCUGCUUCUUCCUGUCCUUCGGCAACAGCGAGUCGGCCAUGAUCGCCCUGCUCUGUCUCUUCGGGGGCAUCAGCAUCGCCUCCUGGAACGCCCUGGACGUGUUGACAGUGGAGCUCUACCCAUCGGAUAAAAGAACCACGGCCUUCGGUUUCUUGAACGCGUUGUGUAAGCUGGCAGCAGUUCUAGGCAUAAGCAUCUUCCAAUCGUUUGUGGGCAUCACCAAAGCGGUACCCAUCCUCUUUGCCUCUGGUGCUCUGGCCGCGGGCAGCUUCCUGGCACUGAAGCUGCCCGAGACGCGGGGCAUGGUGCUGCAGUAGUGCGGUGUGGCCUCCCCACCUGCAGGUGGCAGUGUAGUGUAGGGAAAGCCCCACUGUGAAGAACCACCACCCUCCCCCUCCCACCUUCCCCAACCCUAACCCCAACACACAACCCCAGCCUAGUGAUCUCACUUGCAGACUUGGCCAUGGAAGUUUUCAUGAUAGAUAUUACUCUCAACAGCCGUUUCUUAACGUUUUUGCUUUUUUCCCCUGUUAAUGUGUUACCGUGAUGUUUGUUGGGAUUACCAAAAAGCAAAAAUUUGACACUCGGGUACCGGUAAUUGGACGUGUGUUGUAAACGAAGAAAAAAAAACAGCCUCCCGGUGUUUGAGAGUAUGUCAAGCCGUUUCUGCAAGACGAUAUGAGAUUGUAGGCCUUAAAACUACGAACCAUGCAAUUGUCCUUACAGAGAAAAAAACUCUAGCUUUCCUUUACAGGGUAAUUAAGUUUUUUUCUCACCGCCUCACCUCUGUCUGUGUACUCACUCAGAAAGUCCAUCUCAUUUGUCUCAUCAUUUUUUUAAUGUGGCACAAUCACAGGGACUUCAAGGUUUUGAUUUUUGUGACAAAAUCAAGAUGUGAAUCCCUCACACUGGUGGUUGUGUGUUUGUUUCCUGUAUGUGUGUGUAGAGAAAAACUGCCAUCUUUUAGACAAACAUUCCAGAUUUUGUUUCUUUGUAGUUUGAAUGUGAUGAUCGACUCACAGUCUGUUUGAUUUUUCCCUUUAACCCCCCUAUUCAAAAUAGUGUGCUAUCUCAAACAAUGUGGGAAGGCAGCAGCCAGAGUCAGACAUUGGGUAUUACUGAAUGGCCAGUGUUGAUAUAGUAUGGUGGUGGUGGUUGAUAUAUUGUGUACCUCUGGUCUGUUUAUCAUCAAAAACGAUUUUGUUUUUAAAAAAAGAUAGCAGCUGUUUUGUGUAAGUUGUGUGUAAAAUGUGAGAUGGACCAGUUGUCUGAAAAAAAUGGUUUGUGAAGCACUUCUUGUGUUAAAAGCACAGCUGUUUUGAAAUAGGAACAAACCUCUGGCUAUACUAGUUGUGUCCAACCAGUCUGACCAACGCUCAUCUGUGCACUGUAGUUCAAUGUCGUAACAGUGUGCAGUAUAAGACUUUUUGACACAAAAGUGACUGAAGGACCCUGAC